ACAGGCAUGAGCCACCACCCACUGGCCUGGUGCAUGUCUUUAUAAAUAACUGGAUGGGCAGGUGGCUUCACACCUCAGUUUGCUCAUCCAUUAAAUGGGGGUUCCACUAAGACAACCGAUGUGAAAACUCUUGGAGGGAGACCAGAGCUGGGGCGGGGGGGCAUGAUCCUUCCCCCCUACCCCCGCAACCAGCCCAGGAGCCUGGGACUACCACACUCCUUUCAGAGACAGCUGGAGAAUCAGCUACCUCCCCCCUGGACACACACAAAGAGCCCAGGGGCACCUGGCCACUCCCCCGCCCAGGGAAGGAAGAAGAAGUUAUAAAGAAGUUACUAAGUUAACUUCUUUAAGUUACUAGUAACUGCUAGCCUUUGGGGGUGGGGUUUCCAACCCAUUCUCCCCAUCCUCCAGUGGGGCUGGAGAGCUAAGGACUCCUACAAGGAGGGGAGGCAGAGUAGCCCCCCAAUUCCCUGGAGGUGUGUACGUGGGGGUGUGGUGCACAUCGCAGGGUGCCCCCACACACACCCUGUGUCCUGUAGUCCCCCAGCACAGCCAGAGGCCAUACAGCCCUUUAGGAGGUGCAUUAGUGGGGCAUCAGGCCCCACCGUGACAAUAAGGAACCUCCCACAGCCUGCUCCUCCCCCUUCACACCCCCUUGGAGGUAAAAGGAGGGUCGGCCAGCCCAGACUCCCAGACUCCAGAGAGGAGAAGGAAGGGGCAGCAGAGAGGGGUCAGAAGGAGGGAGCUUAAGCCAGGCAGGGUUACUUGUUUCUGUGACUCCCUCUGCCUGGCACAUGCUGCCCAGCUAUGGGGACCUUUGACCUAUGGACAGAUUACCUGGGUUUGGCACACCUGGUUAGGGCUCUGAGUGGGAAAGAAUGUCCUGAGACCAGGCUGAGUCCCCAGCCAGAGCCAGAGCCAGUGCUGGAGCUGGUGUCAGCGCCGGAGCCGGCGUCAGCCCUGGAGCCGAUGCCAGCGCCGGAGUCGGUGCCAGUGCCAGGACCCAAGGAUCAGAAGCGCAGCCUGGAGUCCUCGCCAGCUCCUGAACGCCUGUGCUCUUUCUGCAAACACAACGGCGAGUCCCGGGCCAUCUACCAGUCCCACGUGCUGAAGGACGAGGCCGGCAGGGUGCUGUGUCCCAUCCUGCGGGACUACGUGUGCCCCCAGUGCGGCGCCACGCGUGAGCGCGCCCACACCCGACGCUUCUGCCCACUUACUGGCCAGGGCUACACCUCCGUCUACAGCCACACCACCCGAAACUCGGCAGGCAAGAAGCUGGUCCGGCCUGACAAGGCGAAGACACAGGACACAGGCCACCGCCGAGGAGGAGGAGGAGGAGGAGGAGCAGGUUUCAGAGGUGCCGGGAAGUCUGAGCCUUCGCCUUCCUGCUCUCCCUCCAUGUCCACCUAGGAGGCUGCCUACACCUGGGCAAGGGGACCCAGGCUCAGCUGGAUUUCCAGGAAGACCCACCCUAUGACGACUGCCCCCACUCCCAGACCCUCCCCACAGCCUGGGAUUGAGCCCUGGGGUUGACCCGGGGUUGGCAAGGGAACAGCUGAAAUCGCCCCGUCCUUGGGGACCCCGUCCUUGGGGACCCCGCCCUUUGUGCCAUCUGCCAUCUCCCCAGUGCUGGGCAUCCAGUCAGCCCUCAAUAAAUGCUUAUGAAUGGAUCAACAACA